AUGAGAUUCAUUGUUGCUGCCGUGUUUGCGCUCAAUGUUGCUGCUGCUGUGGAUGCGAGGGCUGUCGGCUUCGGCGACAUCAAGCGUCUUGCCCGCAGACUUGCAGUCCGGCAAGCCCAACCACCUCCCAGCGACGCCUCCGGAUUCCCGACUUUGGCCCCUUCGGGUACUAUGGGAAUCGUACCCGGUGGCCCGCUGGACUUGAUCAAUGGAACCGGUACCGGCCUUCCACACGGCACUGGAACCGGCAGCCCGCCGCCUUUGGGCCCUCCGGUCACGGAAGUCACCAUCACCGUCACGGCAUCAACACCUAUUGUCACAGAGACAGACUACCCUGGUGACGAGACGACCUCAACGCUGGACCCGAUAGUCACCGGAACGCUGCUCGAUAAUGUCUCGGGCUCCUCGUCGACCCGCACAGUCACAAAGACCGUUCCGCUAGUCAGCGAUGGCAUCACGCUCACACGCUCUGCGAACGCAUCUUCUACUAGCCACCUUAUUGAUGCGACAUACAUGACGAGCUCAGAUCUCCCUCUGCCUACCUCUCUGGUCGGACUGAACCCUCCACGGCCUGGGCUCACGACGACAAUCGUUAUCUCGAACGGCACCACGCUUACCCGAACACUGUUGAACCCGGUUGCGACUACCAUUGUCUCCGAUGGCAGCACGGUUAUCAGUACGCUUGAGCCAGCUGUGACGACCAUCGUCCAAGACGGUUCAACAGAGGUCCGUACCCUGACUGGUGCACUGGAAACGACCGUUGUCGUGCCGGGAGAGACUAUUAUUAGCACCUUGGAGCCUGUUGUAACUACUAUCAUCUCCGACGGGAGUUUUGUAACGAGCACGAUCCUGGAUACCAUCGAGACGACGAUUGUGCAGGAUGGGAGCACGCUUGUACAGACCCUACAGCCGGUGGUGACUACGAUUGUGCAGGACGGGACAACGAUUGUUAGCACAGCCCUGAAUGCGGUCGAGACGACAGUCGUUGUCCCAGGGGAGACAAUUAUUAGUACCCUGCAGCCCGGUGUGACCACCAUCAUUGAGGGUGGGAGCACGGCGACAAGCACGGUGCUGAGUGCGGUUGAGACGACAAUUGUAAGGGACGGCAGCACGUCGGUAGUUACGAUGGAACCUGGCGUGACUACCAUCAUCUCUGAAGGCGCAACUGUGACCAGGACCUUGACGGAUGUAGAGGAGACGACGGUGGUGGUGCCCGGUGAGACAGUCGUUAGUACUUUGGAGCCUGGAGUAACUACUAUUGUCUCCGAGGGAGCCACCGUUACAAGGACAUUGACAGAAGCGAUUGAGACGACUGUUGUAUCACCUGGUGAGACAAUUGUGAGCACUCUUGAACCAGGUGUAUCCACGAUCAUUUCCAACGGCACAACGGUGACGAGGACAAUCACCAACGCAGUAGAGACCACUAUCGUAUCUGCGGGCAACACAAUUGUUAGCACGCUUGAGCCGGGCGUCUCAACCAUCAUCUCGAAUGGAACUACUGUCACCAGGACGCUGACAGCGGCGCUUGAGACAACAAUCGUGGUUCCGGGUAACACGAUCGUUUCCACUCUCCAGCCAGGCGUCUCAACUAUCAUUACCAACGGGACAACAGUAACAAGGACCAUUACCGGUGCACUAGAGACUACUGUCGUUCUACCUGGGAGUACUCUUGUCAACACUCUGCGGCCCGGUGUCCCGACAGUCAUUACCAACGGUACCACUGUCACCAGGACUCUGACAAACAAUCCUCUCGAGACAACCAUCAUCGUCCCCAGCGAGACUCUGGUCAGCACUCUUGAGCCAGCUGUCACUACCAUCAUCUCGAACGGCACAACCCUAACAAGAACAGUAUCGAGGGCCGUCUCAGCCAGCACCUCCGAGGCCGCAACAGUAGUCACAACCCUCCUUCCAGUCGUUACAGUUAUUGUCUCGGAAGGCAACACAGCGACGACAACUCUCGCAGCGGUCGUCACAACCAUCAGCGAAGCCACCAGCACCGUGACUGGCUCCCCACUCGAUGAGACAACCUCUGGAUCGCUCGUCACCAAGACAAUCACUAGUACCGUUGGUGGUAUUGAGACAGUUAUUACGACCAUCAGCCGUAGAAUCGAUGCGACUUAUUUCACGUCUUCUGCAGCGCCGGAAUCAACGGGUUCGUUCCUGCCUGUGCCAUCUAUGCCUGCUGCGGGGCCGCCAUAUGGAAACUCGACGCUGGUGGUGCCGCCUUUUGGGAACUCGACCGUUGGUCUGGGGGUUACGGCAACGCAUACCGUUACUGCAACGGCGAUCACGGUGACGGGGGAGCCUGUUACUGUGACAGUUGGCGUGAGUGCUGGUGAGACUUUGUUGCCGGUUACGAACACGGAGACGUCAACGAUGGAGGUUACAGUUACUGCUACUGCUGUGACAAUUACCCCAGAGCCAGUAACAGUCACUGUCGGAAUUUCCGCCGGUUCAACGCUCCUCCCGGUGACAAACACAGUCCAGGUCACCGUGACUGCCCCCAACGCAACGUUGUCACAAACCACUCAUACCGCAACUGAGACUGUAACUCCCGAGCCAGUUACUAUCACUGUCGGCGUGUCCGCGGGAGAGACUAUCCCCCCAGUGACAAACACCGUACAAGUAACCGUGACAGCAUCCGGAAAUGCGACAGUACCGCAGGUCACCAGCACCGCUACUGUCGAAGUUACCGUCACAGCCACAGCUACUGAGGGCGUUACUGGAACUCUGGAGCCAGUCACUGUGACUGUUGGCGGUGGAGCUUCUGGCAGUGCUGCUGUGACUAGCACUGAGACAGCGACAGUCCAGCUCACCGUUACAUCUGCGGUCACUGUCGUCCCAACACCAAGUACGGUGACGAGCUUGGCCCCGAUAACGAGGUACACUACAGUUACGGUCACUCCACCGGCUGUUACAGUGACUGUCGAAGCGCCUGGCACGACCGCUGGUAGUGGCGGCGCCGGUGGUGCAGUCACAGUUACGGAGACGGAGAGUGUGACGGUGUCGAGGAUUGCGACUGUCACAGUAACUAAGGCAGGAGCGGUUUGCACGUCUGCUUAG